ACAAGCAGGUGUGGAUUCGCCUCAGUCAGAGAACUGAUAUCACACCGCAGUGACGUUGGGGAUGAGAUCUAGGCCAGCGCGAGGGCUAUAUAAACAACUAGGUUAUGCUGGUUACCACAAACAGUGUGACACUGGAACUGGUUGCUCAGGUGAUCUGAUCUGUCAGAGAGCUCAUCAGUGAAGGAGUUCUGAGGGAAGAUGAACCGCUGCGUCCUGGCUGCGCUCCUGCUGCUGCUGUGCUGCGCUCUAAGCGCACAUGCCCGACCUGCGCGUGUCCGCUCGCGCCCUUUGGACAACUCUGAGACAUGGAACAACGUCAUGGUCCUGGCCAAACACGCGCAAGCGCAAGACCGAGACCAUGAGACUCGCCUUCUCCCAGUGAUUUCAAGCGACAAAUUAAAAGACGGGGAUGUUUGCUGUGUCAAUGUCCAGAUCCUCGAUUACUACCUCACGCACAUCUUGGUUGGUCAGGCACAUGAAGGUGAGGAGCACCACUAUCCACGCCUGCAUCUGGUCAAGCCUGAUUUGAAGAGAGUGGCUAAAGACUUGGAGCCCCACUGUAACUCCAAACAGAUUGACCUGGAGCAUUUGCAAGCUUUCACACAGAACCUCCAAAGAGCCGGAGAGAUGUACAAGAAUAACUCCAAAGCAAAGAACAAGGCGAUCGGGGAGACUGAUAUUCUGUUCCAUUAUCUGUACGAGUCGUGCAGCGCCACCACCACAUCCUAGACCUGUGCAAGAGCCUCUGCAAUGUAUUCUCAGAAAAAAAGGGUAGUAAACAGGACCUUUUCCUGUUGCUGAAUUAUACACUCCACAAAGAUCUAUUGUACCUUUUAUUGUGUAUUUUUUUUCACCUCGUAAGUUGUGUUUACUCUAAAAACUAAUUAUUGUACAAUCAUGUGCCUUAAAACUUCUUUUUAAAAGCUGCAUAUCCACAGGUGAAUAAGGAUACAGAUCGAUCCUUAAAGGUACCACUGCACUGACAAGGAAAAACAGUUUAGUACCCUUUUUUCCCCCCCCACUGAAUGUCCCAUGGAUUGAUGGAGAUAUGCCUAUUUUUAUUUUUUAUACCAAAAAGUGUUUUGAAAUAUUUGACAUCUUUAUUUAUUAUAGUGUUUUAUUUAUUAGCUUUAUUUAUUCAGCAUUAUGUGAUGGUUAUAAAUUAUUUGUAUCGACAGUAUAGGCUCGACACAAUGUGUGAACUGGGUCAUUAUGACUUAAAAGUGGAAGCCAAUAUAACCGGCUUGGAAUGUAACUCCAAUGCCAGAGUAAGAGAAUGUAAAUGCAUUGUAAAAGCAUUCCUACUAUGUACUUUGAAAAGAAAAAAACUUUUUCACAAUUAAAAUGAAAUUAUUUAAGAAUGUUUUAAAGAGUUGUAAAUUGUUGGUGUAUUUUUUAUUUUUUUUUUACAU